CCAUUUUUCGUGACUGUAAAAUAUACAUAAACUUAAAACUUGGAGUCCAAUCUGAUGCACCAAGUGAAAUGAUACACUUGACAACACGUGUAGGCAUGCUAUUUUAGCAUAACUAUUUUUGCAUUAAUUUGAUGUUCGGUAAAGCUCAGUUCAUACGUUUUGUUUGUCCCGUGUUCAUCUGCAGUUCUUCGCAUAUUGUCACGUGAACAUUGCAAAGGUGAGGAGUUUUCAAAGUGAAGAUACCGCGUGCGGAAGCUGACAAGUCGAGUAAUCGAGUGUAUCUGUGUCAGUGUUACGACUCGCGGGAAAAGAUGCACAUGGUUCAAAAUCCAUGAAUGGAAAUAUCUGGGAGGUUUCCAGAAGCCCUGAGAAGAGACCGGCGGGUCUUCAAGCCAUAAAGGGCAACCGGAGGGUCGGUCCAUAUCUGUAUAGCGGAGGGCGGCAUAUCAGAAGUGAAAGAGGAGGACGAGGAGGUGGUGGCGGAUGCGGCGUUAGAGGGGGUGAGGGACGGGGAUACGGAUACGUUUCCAAGGGAGGCUGGAACCUGAAAAUUUGCAGAGAUGGAGUUUCUGCAGAACCAUCAUUCGGCGAACACCUCCGAGUCGCCCUAUACACUUGGCACAGCAUCGGUGAGCAGUAUCGAAGCAACAAUCCCAUCGAGUCUGUGCAGCGGACCUCUUGGCGUUUUGUCGAACGAAGACACGCUCGGCGAAAAUCAAAAUGACGAAGCCUUAGGCGCGUUGCAGGGGACCUUGCAGGAUCUCCAAAAUUCAACCGAAGACAUCCAAGAUCCCCAUAAUCAGCAGCUGCAUAACUCGGGUCAAAAUCAAGUCGUGAGUGAGUUUGGAGCCAGUUUUUGGGUCGAUGACAUGGCAGGCUUCCCGUUACCGCCCUUGGACCUGGAUCCUUUGCCACCAGGACUCUUCAGUCCAUGUUCUGCCACUUACAACUGGGGCUGUCCCAGAGGGGAUUGCAUGCCCAGGCCCGGAACAGGAAACGGAGAAGGUGUUGCCGACGUUCUGUUAUCGUUGAAGCAUGCAGUGGUGCACCCCGGAAGCCCAACGGGUGGCUAUUACACUGGAGGCCCACCUCAUCACUACUCCCAGGACUAUACCCAGAACUUGGGUCCUCCGGUACCAACAUCCCAUUACGGGUCUGGAGCGGCGAUGUCCGUCAACGUAUCCAUGAAUAUGACCAUGAACAUGAACAUGCACCCAGGGUAUGACCAGAGUUAUCCCACUGCAUGGGGUGUUGAGCCCCUGCUCAGCCCCGCCCCGCAAUACAAUCCCGUCGAGGUGCAAGCGAGGGUGAACCAACCGCCGCCUCUGAUUGGCAACCACCCGCACCACCCUCGACUCCCUACGUCCGAACACGCCCUUUGCAUCGGGGGUGGCGUCACCACUGACGACAACGGGCGACCCAACUUGUGCAGGAUCUGCGGCAAAACGUACGCAAGGCCGAGCACUCUAAAAACGCACCUCAGAACGCAUUCUGGCGAAAAACCAUUUAGGUGUCACGCAUGCUCAAAAGCAUUUAGCCAAGCUGCGAAUUUGACGGCUCACGCAAGAACACAUUCUGGUGAAAAACCAUUCCGAUGCCCCGUCUGCGACAGAAGAUUUUCACAAAGCAGCUCCGUAACCACCCAUAUGAGAACCCAUUCUGGAGAACGACCUUACAGAUGUCGAUUCUGCAAGAAAGCAUUUUCCGACAGUUCCACUCUGACGAAACAUUUACGAAUUCACUCCGGAGAAAAGCCAUACCAAUGCAAGCUGUGUCUGCUGAGGUUCAGUCAAAGCGGAAACCUGAACAGGCACAUGAGGGUUCACGGAGGUUCCUUGACGUGACACAGUUCCGUUUCACCGACAAGUGACACCUGGUUACAAUGUUGUAGAUUACCUGUGAUUCGAGUGGGUGACAGCUUACAACGAAAAGAAUACUUCAAACAGAACAUGUUUGGACUUGUUUAACGGCGAAAAAAGGUUUCGAGGGAUUUUUCAUAACGUCUAUUGUACGCCAUGUUUUAAUAAAAAAAAUGACAAAAAAAAAAAAAAAACUUCCGCGUAGUUCAACUCGUACGGGUAACAUCAUGAAAGCUU